UUUUCGCCUCUUGGUGCGUACAGUUGCACUCACGAUCCGUCCAAUCCGCUUAUAUUUUUAUUUUUUUAUUAUUUUUUUAGUUCAGCUUCAGUUCGAUUUUGUUUUGAUUUCAGUUCGUUUUUAGUGCGGUUCGGUUUUUCUUCUUCUUUUCCUUUUUGUUUCAUUUUGUGAACGCUGCUUUCCCCGCCUUCGCUGUUCUCCAACGCAACGAUUCCGAAUCGGACUUUCGUUUUUCUGUUGCGAAUGCCGCCGAGAGUACUAUGCUCGUAGCACCUGAAGCACUGCUUCCGCCUGGUUACCUCCUAGUUCCGAAAUGUCCAUCUAGCCAGGCGAUUGGGGAGUCAUGCCAGUGCAGCAAGUGCGUCCCGUGAGCACCUACGACAACUUGGGCGUCUCCCAGUCCAGGCAGCUGACGGCCGCCGGUAUGGCUGGCGAACCGGAAGCGGAAGUCGAAGUGGAGCUCAAUGGCAGCCACACCAGCCACAGCAUAGCCGCUGUGAAGGCGGCUCUCAACGAUGCCAAGUCCAAGUUCUUUGGCAUCAACAACUAUGAGUCACCCGUGGCCAGCAAGAGUGCAGCCGGAGUGACGACGAUGGCCAAGCCGGAGCCAAGGUACCAAAAUGUUCCGCAACGCGAGGAGCUGCCGGCAGCGGCUGCUCCCGAUCCUCCAGCGCAACCAGCACAGCCGCCGGCUCCAGCUGGCGAUCAUAGUAGGGCACUGCGCUAUGCGACCACCUACGAACAGAUUCCACUCAGCGACUUGGAAGCACCGCAGGCAUCGCAGGCCGUCUACAUGAGCACCACAGUGCCGCAGAACAUGAAGGGCAUGAAGAUCGCCGGACGACAUACGCCAACUCGCAACAGCCUGAGGCACAGCCGCAUGAUCGUUGUCAAUCACAAAAACCACGACAGUCUCCAGGCCACCAGGAAUCUGAAUAUAUCGCGCCAGCUUCUGGUUAUGCAAUUAGCUGUGGGCCUGUUCAUUGUGGCUCUUGCCGCUUGGAUACUAAUCCUGGCCCCCAAUGCGUCCAUAUUGAUUAAUCCGUAUCUGAGUGGACUGUCGCUGCUUUUGGCCAGCAUUGCCGGGCUCAUACUGCUGCGACGGGAUCACAAGAUCACGGAGCACCGACCGCCCAACAGUUGCUACAAGGUCCUGCUGGCCGAGUCGUAUGUGUUCACUGGCCUGGCGCUAAUCUUCUGCUGCUUGGCCCUCGUCUGUGCGGCCAUUGAGUUCGCGGAGCUCAUCUCAUCCGCAGACGGAGAAUGUGGCCCAACAUCGAGCUCACUGCUUAGCUAUCACAAUUGCACAUGCUUGGCGGCAGGUGAAGUGGUGGCCAACUACUCCUCCUCCGAGGCUUCAGCAACAGCAUUCGCAGCUGGCCAGGAGGAGCCGUCACAAAACGAUGGUUGUGCCGAGCUUCGGAUCGAAUGGAAGUAUCUGCUCGCCUUCUCCAUGGCGCUCAACACUCUGGGCGUUGUUGCAACAUUCUUAUACAUAACGCUAUUUAUUUGUUGCCACCGCAAGCGAGAACACUUUUACACGUCUGUGUAGGAUAUUACUUAAAUUAAACAUACUACUUAAAUUAUUCUAGCAACUGAUACAAAUUACAAAUAAAUUAUUAUUUAUAUCUAAGUACUAUUAAAAUAACACAACGUUUAAACAAA